UAAGCUAUUUAAUCGAGUUAUAAACUUUGCUUAUUUCUUCUUUGCCCUUGAAUUUCAAUUCUUAUGAAUAUUCAUCCACAUUCUAAGGAUCCUCACCGAACAAGUUGUAAGAGUCCGUGGCUGCCAACAGUUGGUGAGGGGUGUUUUUGAUGAAGAGAAUGAGCAGGGAGGCGAAAUCUCUGCUGCUGGACGAGGUCAAGUCCUACAGGCCGGCCAGGCUGAGAUCAGUGGAAACGAGAGUCACUCACCUCGGGGGUCAGCAAGAGUUCGAAAAGAAACUGACCACUGGGGUCUUCCAGGCAACACAUGAGCCGGGUGGGAGAAGACAGUGGUUUGCCCCGGAUUACAGGCCGGACCUGCAGGUUGCUGUCAUACUUCCAGGAUUACUAUUAGGUGGGCAAGAUGUUGCUCAAGACCUCGGUCGCCUUCGUAAACUUGGAGUUACUCACAUUCUCAAUGUGGCCACCGGUGUGGCAAACUGUUUUCCAGCAGACUUCACCUACAAAAGAGUGAACAUCCGGGACCACCCCGACAUGGACAUUCGACGUCACUUCGAUGAGUGCUUCAAGUUCAUAGACGAGGGACGUCGCCAAGGAUGGGUGUACGUCCACUGCAACGCCGGCAUUUCGAGAGCCGCCACCAUCUGCACCGGAUAUCUCAUGAGUCGCCAGAAAAUGCAUCUGCAAGAAGCCAUCAGCAAGGUCAAGGACGUCAGGCCAAUUAUUUCACCCAAUAUGGGUUUCAUGAGGCAGCUCAGAGAGUAUGAUAAUGAAUUGUUUGGUCUCAGCUAAAAGAAGGAUGGUGUUUUACCAGGGUGCUUUGAGAAUGCAAAGUGCUAUUAUAGCAAUUUGCUAAAAACUUAUUAUUCUAUGCAAAUGUUAGGGAAUUUCUUGUUGUAUGAAGAGCUCUAAGAUGGUGGAAACAUAUUGAAAAAUGGGAAAAUUAGUUAAUUACGAGCAGUGAAUGCUGGGAGCGAAAACUAUGAAGCACCGAUCGAAGUGAAGCGAACGGAUUUUUAUUUAUUAAAUGUUAUUCCAUUUUGUAAAUAAUGAACGUUAACAAUAAAGGAAAAUAAAUCA